UUUUGGUUGGGCUCGCUUUUGUUGGGAAAAUUUAAAAAUAAUUCAUUUCAUUGGCUUCCGUUCGAAUAGUAAUUGCUAUUUGGAAAUUAAAAUGACGCCAUUGUUUUUGUUUAUAGCAGACAGACAAUGAAUUAAUACAAAUAGAUGUUUAUUUUCAAAUUCUACAAAAGGUAUUCAGUCCCCUCUCGAUAAUGUUAUUUAAUAAAUAAACAGAAAAAAAUUACUCGUUUAUUUUGAAAGUCUUAAGGGUCAAGGUAAGCUCACACGCGACCUACAUUUCAUUCGAUGUCGAAUACGUAUUUAAUUUAAUUAGCCUAGAGUUUAGUGAAUGGGUGGUGCAUAAUUCUUGGAAAUGGAGAUACAUAUUUUUUACACAUUUUUUCCUGUCCUACAAAAUAAGAGGUAAUAUAUUAUUAUUUUAAGAUUUUAGUUAACUUUGCAAUUUAUUUAGGUAUAAAAAACAAAAUUAAAUAAUAAAUAUAAAAACCGAAAUAUACAGUGUCGCCACUAAAUUAAUUAAUUUUUUCUUGUAUUUUUUAGGUCAGUUACUUCUCUCAAUUUUAAUAAAAUGAAACUUCAUUUGGUUUUAAAAACUUUCGCGAUUUCUGUGGGUGCAUUUGACGAUUUUUUUUGGAAAUCGAGAAUUUAAGAUAUAUUUAAAAAAAGACCCUUUGUUAGGUUUUCAGUCUAGUACAACUAAGUAGUUUGAUUCCUAUUUCUUUAAAUUAGCGUGUAGAUUGGAAAAACGUGAAAAAAAGCAAGUUUGUCCGAAAAGUGAAAAAAAAAACCUUUUCGAAGGUCGUUGUUCAAUAUUUUCGAAAAGAACCUGUGUUAUGGUAUUUAAAAAAAACAAUUUUGACAGGUAAAACUCGCAAAUUCAUAAUUCAUAAACAAUGUUGCCAUAUGAUGCGGCUUUAGUGGCGACGCUGUAUAUACCUUGAACGAUUUGAUAAAUAAAUAAAAAGACCUUCGAAAAUCCCGACCAAUUAGUACUCCCAAAAAUAUUUAAAUUAACGAGCAAACAAGCUAAAAAUCACCUCCCAUUGAAGGAUGUUUUACUAAUGUGUAGAAAAUUCAAAUUAAAAUUGUGACCGUACGCGCUGUUUCCGCCAGUAAUGGGGAAAUAACGUAAAAUCUUGGGUUUUUCGAGGAACGCCGAGAUGAACAACCUUCGGUCGCUAUUUUAAAAAAUCUUCAAGUUCGACGAGAAUUUGCAGACCUGAUUUAAGUGGGGACGUCGAUAUGUCAAUAAAUACAAAGACGCUUCGGUUAUUUUUUAAAAAGUUUUGAAAUUUUGUCGAAUUUCGUUCAGUUCGCGUACACGAAAUGAAUUUGAGCAUUUUUCUAAGUGUUUUACUGGUUUACCAAGUGACGUGUGCGCCCCUCGAAUUAGAAUCAAACGCCGACGAAUCCGUUAGAAGAGUUCGAUCGCCACAUUUGAAGAAAAAACAUUACGGACUUUUCGGCGGCUUUGGGGGGGAUUACGGGCACGAAAGUUAUGGCCCCGGCGGCGGGCACGGUGGUUUCGGUCACGGCGGCCAUUAUGGGACACACGGGGUUGGUUACGGGCAUUAUCCCGAACACCAUUAUAAUCACGGAGGACACCAAGGUGGUGGUGCUUUUGCGCAAAGUUCUGCUUCUGCGGGUUCAGUAGGUGGAUUUGGAGGCCACGGGAUUUCCCAAAGUCAGGCUAAUAGCCAGUCCGCUUCUUUUUCCGUUGGACCAUUUUCAGCUAGUUUUUCCCAAAGCGCUGCCCAAUCGCAGUCGAAAGGUGCCGGAUUCUACGAUUACUGAAGAAAAUUAAUGAUUAUUAUGUAAGGACUUUGUGAUAUUUCAGCCCAUGGCAGUAGGUUAUUUAUUUAAAUAAAACGCUUGGAUUGAAUUGCCAUUUGUUUGUUUGUGUACGAUAAAAAAACA